GAAGCUUAUAAGUUUACUUAGGAAAAAGAAAAUGAGAAAGAAUUUAAUUUAAAAGGAAGAGUUGAAAUUCUUAAGAAUUCUGCAGGUUUUGAAAAGUGUUUGUUAUACUAGAACUAGAAUCUUGGUGCAUUUUUAUUGACGAAACAUCGAAAAGCUAUUAAGAAAAGCCAAAAACAUAUCAACUUUAUCAGUAAAAAGAGGAUGUCUUUAAUUUUUUACCAAGGCAAUUUAAUUUAGGACUGUGGAAAAAUGAAUGGCAGCAAUUUGGUUGAUAUCCAAGUUGAUUAAAAUGUUUUGAGCUGGACAUUUGAAUAAUAGUCUAAAACUACACUUAAUUCUUAUUAGUCCUUAAUUAAGAUAUAUAAUUAGCCAAUUUAAUUACUUAAAUUGAAAUUUCAUUGGGUUCUCCAAUUCUGAAAGAAAAAAUAGUUAUAUAACUUACUCUUUAUUCUACUGGCUAUCAGUUUCUGAUAAAACUAUAGCAAUUGAAGCUUUUGUAAAGUAAAUGGAAUGCUGUGUUAAUAGAUAUUACUAAUAGAUCCUCUGAAGCGUAAUUAAAUUUUUCUGCUGUUCGGUAGACUAAUUCAAAAGGCUCUUUAAGAUUAGAAAAGGCUAACU